AUGACGAAUGUCAAACUGUCAGUCAGGAACACGGCGUCUUGUAUCCAAGCCCAAAGCUGCCCGGACUCUGGAACCCAACCUCAGACGUCAGUUUCGAACGGACGACGAAGACUAGGGCUUCGCCUUCUUCCGUGGCUCCGAUUCUGCCCUAGGUGGCAUGCUGUUGCUUCAUGGACAUGGGAUGCACAAGAUGAAACAUGUGGGAUUUGCAGGAUGGCAUUUGAUGGUUGUUGUCCUGAUUGUAAGCUCCCUGGGGAUGAUUGCCCACUAAUUUGGGGUGCAUGCAACCAUGCUUUCCAUCUUCAUUGCAUCUUAAAAUGGGUAAAUUCACAGACUUCUCAGGCGCAUUGCCCCAUGUGUCGCAGGGAGUGGCAAUUCAAAGGAUGAGAUAAAAGUAGAAAUCACUCUUCAAGUGCAGGGGUUGCCAAUGCGGGCUUCUAAUUGUUUGAUUGUAUACUGGUUGAUAUAAAGUGUACACCUCUGUAUAUCUACUGUGUAUUCGUUGAUGUAAACUAAAGUAGCUCCAUCUCAAGGUUUCACAUAAACCACUUUUUGUUUAUUUGGUCUGAUAAGCGAUAGAUUUUCAUCGUUUUUAGUUUCUGU